AUGAAUAAAUUAAAUAAUAGUAAUAAUAAUAACAGUAAUGCAAAUACAUUGUUAACAAAUCAUCCUGGAAUAUCGAAUACAUCAGUAAAUCCUGUCGAUAGAUCAAUACUUGUUGAUUUGCUCUGUUGUACAUGUUGUACAAAUUCUGAUGAUGAAGAUGAAGCAUACUCAAAUCUCAUUGAAAAUCAUCGAUUAGCACGGAUUGUUACUAUGGGUGCCAUAUUGACUAUACUAGGUUUAAUAUUUGCGUAUAUAAUACGUUCAGCGACAGAAACUCAAACACCGCUGACUAAUUCUCAGACGCUAACAUCGCCUACUAGUUCGGUGACGACAACAUCAACAACAGGAAAUUCGAAUCCUUUGAAUAAUUCUAUGUUUAGACAAACUACAGAUUUAACAGUUAACCAAAAUUUGUUAAAAUUAUCAGAGAACUUUUCUAAUCUAAUUGAUUUAGGCGAUGAGAUUGGAUUGGAUCAGAUUUUUGAAGGGUCCAGCAGCUCAUUAAUACAUGUAAAUAAUAGUAGUGUUAGUAGUAUUAAUAACAAUAAUAGUAAUAAUAAUACCGUAGAAUAUUCUUCGCAUAAUGCUCCCUCUUACUCCUCUCUGUCGAACAAUUCUUCGACUCCUUCACUAUUAAUAUUAUCACCAUCCUCCUCCUCCGUCUCUAACUUUACUCCGCCUUCAUAUUCUAGUCAACUUGGUGUAAAAUUGCCAUUCUCCGCAUUGGACUCACAAAUUCGCGCCAAACCACCUCCAUCUGUACGCAUCCCUCCUCCGCCUCCUGCUCCUGCUCCACCACAGCCAAUACCACCUUCAUCUCUAUACCAACAUCAGUCGCAUCAACAUCAUGAUAAACAUCAACAUCUUCAACACCAACCUCAUUUAUCAUCUUUAUCAUCGAUAUCAGCGUCAUCACCAUCGCCUCAGUCACCCCCACCGCCUCCUCCUCCACAGAGACAACACCAACAACAACAAAAACCUCAGUUGAAAUCAACUAAAGAAGAGAGGAGUAGUUGUUCCUCCCCAUCUAUGUUAUCAAUACAUGAAGUAGAAAUUGUUGCCAAUAAAUACACUGACUUGAAAUAUUCGAAUCAUUCCAGCUGUACAUCACCUAUAAAUAAUCAACGCUGUGUUGUACAAAAUCUCUCUAAAACUGACGGUCAGAAUACAUCUAGCCCUACAGUAAUUAACAGUUCAAUGGAGACAAAAUAUUAUAAUAAUAAUGAUAAUGAUCCAGCUGUGCCUACCAUAUCUAACAACGCUACUACUAGUACUACAACUACCACUGCAAUGACUACGAGUAAUACUCCUUUAACAGAAUUAAUUAUUGUCAAUGAAGUAGCCAGUAGAAGUGCAAAGCCAAGGGUUGCAUUUAUUGAACCAGCUGAUGAAGCUUCAAUACAUGACAGUAAUCCUACUACCACAACCAUUACUACCAACAACAACAAUCAGUCAGACAGUGAAUCAACUGUUCAGAUAAACAAAGAAAAUCAUCCUACUACUACUACUAAUAAACUUAAAUUAAGUCUAUCUGCUAGAUUUCCUGACGAUGAUGAUGAUGUUCGUGGGGGAGGUGGAGGUGGAGACAAUCAACAGAAUGUGAAAACUGCUCAAAAUGAUAAUGUAUCUGUCAGUGCUGAGACACUGAUAUGCUCAACAGCACAACAACUUACUUCCAGUAAUCCUAAUCGCAAUACUGAAAAUCGAAAUCGACAAAUAAUCAAUAAAAAAGUAACCAGCAAUGAUUUUAAUGUAAAUACUGCUCAUACUCCUCCUGCUACUACUAAUAAUAAUAACGACAUGUAUAGUAAAACCACCAACAACACUGGCGAACACAACAAUAUUGAAGAGAGACGACAUCGAGAAGUCGUGGAUUCCGAACAAGAAGAAGAUGCAGACGAAGACAACGACGAAGUGAUGAAACCUAAAGCAAGCCUUUACGCUAAUCCUGAAAUCUCAUUAUCUCAGUUAAUGAAUAUGAAUGAUGAAGAGCUGUAUUAUGAAUUACACGAAAAAUAUCAAAAUAAGCGCCAACAACAACAACCGUCAACAUCACAACUGUUAACAUCACAGAAAUUGAAUGAACACAAGCAACAACAACAACUGCAACAACCACAACGCACUUCAUCGAUAUUAAGUCAACCAAGAAAAUCCCUUGCAAUGAUAUUUUCACAAAUUAGUAAUAAUUUAGGAUUUACACAAGAAUCAACUACAACUGGCGGGGUUGGAGGCGGGACAGGAGCAAUUGAUCACUAUCCAAUGAAUCCAAUAAAAAAGAAUCGUAACAAUGAUAAUACUAUUAAUAAUAAUAAUGAAUUUAGUUCAGAUCAACGUAAAAGUCUCAUUUACAAUGAUUCUAAUGAAAUGUCAAUAAGAAAUAGCGAUUCAAGUCAAAGAUUAAUAGAACGUAAUAUACUGAAUACAUUCAUGAGUAAUACUAGUCAUCAAGGUCAAGGCAGACAUAGCGGGUCAAUCAGUUCAAAUGUACACAUGAAUAAAUUAAAUAAUAAUAAUAACAGUAAUGCAAAUACAUUAUUAACAAAUCAUCCUGGAAUAUCGAAUACAUCAGUAAAUCCUGUCGAUCGAUCAAUACUUGUUGAUUUGCUCUGUUGUACAUGUUGUACAAAUUCUGAUGAUGAAGAUGAGGCAUACUCAAAUCUGAUUGAGAAUCAUCGAUUAGCACGGAUUGUUACUAUGGGUGCCAUAUUGACUAUACUAGGUUUAAUAUUUGCGUAUAUUAUACGUUCAGCGACAGAAACUCAAACACCGCUGACUAAUUCUCAGACCCUAACUUCGCCUACAACAUCAACACAACAACAACAGGAAAUUCGAAUCCUUUGAAUAAUUCUAUGUUUAGACAAACAACAGAUUUAACAGUUAACCAAAAUUUGUUAAAGUUGUCAGAGAACUUUUCUAAUCUAAUUGAUUUAGGCGAUGAGAUUGGAUUGGAUCAAAUUUUUGAGGGGUCCAGCAGCUCAUUAAUACAUGUAAAUAAUAGUAGUGUUAG